GAUUUUUGCAGCUGCUGUCACGCACUAAACAACUCCAAAAAGUUGCAAGUUUGCGGGCAGCGCGUCUACAACUUUGCCGUGAAAAACCAGGAAUUUACUGGUGAUUAGUGCGCUACAGUGCCGGCGAUUCGUCCAGAAAGUGUUCCGGUAGCGGUUUAACUGUUAGGGACCCAAGUGAACUCGGUAUCUUCAGGGGAUUUUCCAACUUCGUCGCCGACUACUCCGCGCAGAACCAUGAGUCUAUCGGAAUCCAACACGCUGGAUUCGCUCGAGUUUGCCGGCACCAUGCUGGAGCGGCACGACCUCGCCGAUUGCUCCACACCGGGACUGUUGGAGGUAACCGGAAUCCGGCAGUCGGGGAUGGCCACCGCAAGCGGGCUGAACGACUACGACUACCAGAACCUGUCCAGUUUGUCGCUGGGGCUGAAGAACCUGAACCAGCUGUCCACGGUGAACAAGAUCCCGAUCCCGCCGGAGAUUAUGGAGCACUUUAAGCAUAUUAAAUGCCACUGUAUGAUGGGACUGUUUCCGGAGAUUGGUCGAGCGUGGUUGACCAUCGAUUCCGAUAUCUAUAUUUGGACGUACGAACAGUCUCGGGACGUGGCCUAUUUCGACGGACUGUCGCACCUGAUUGUGAGCGUAGGUUUGGUGGUCCCCAAGCCGGGUGUCUUCAUUGCCGACGUCAAGUAUUUGCUGGUGUUGACCACGCCGGUGGAAAUCGUAAUUCUAGGAGUGACCUUUGGCGAUUCGAAUGCCUCUCCGAAUCGGUCAAUUACGAGCACGACCGAGGAGAUGCAGCUGUUGAAUAAGCCGAUCUUUGUACUGAAUACGGACAACGUGGCGAUCACGUGCAUCGAAGGAACCUCGGAUGGACGGAUUUUCCUGGGAGGUCGCGACGGUUGUUUGUACGAGAUUUCCUACCAGGCCGAAUCGAACUGGUUUGGGAAGCGCUGCAAGAAGGUCAAUCACUCGCAAGGGUUGAUGUCGCAUUUGGUACCAGGGAUUUUCAAGGUGUUUUCCGAGAACGACUCCAUCUCGAAGCUCACGAUGGACAACUCGCGUCGAUUGUUGUACGCCCUGACGGAGAAGGGAGCGAUUGAGGCGUGGGACAUUGGAACGGACGUCAACUCGGUGAAGCGAAUUGCUCGGAUUUCUCAGAACGACAUCGUGUUCAGCGCCGGAAACAUUCUGCGAACCAUCGAGCCUUCGGUGUUUAAGCCGGUGACCGCGCUGUGCUCACUUUCUCAGGAGGAUUCACCCCAGUUCCAUCUGAUCGCUAUCACCCAAACCGGCGUUCGGUUCUACUUCUCGACGGUGCCCGUUCUGUACGGCAUCCAGCAACAGCAGCAGCAGCAACAAUUCGCUCCCGGACAGCCUGGACAUGCGCCCCACGAACAAUCGCAGCGUCCGCAAGGCCUCUACCUGUUGCACGUCCGACUUCCCCCAGGCUACACUCCCAACACGACCGUCGGCAAGCCCAAGCAAGUGCACUCCGCCUUCUACAGCCAGGGUUCCCUCCUGAUGGUCUCAACCCCGCAACCCGACCAGGACCUGCUGUGGUCACUCAGCUCGGAGCCGUUCCCGUCACGGCAAAACCUGGUCGAGUCAUCCACCGUCAUGACCAUGGACGGCCAGGUCUGGGCAAUUGCCGAAGUCAAACCAAAGGACAAGAUCACGGUAGAAACUCCACUUCGCGCAGCGCAGGUUCCCCGCAAGGUCGCUCUCCUCACCAACCAAGGCGUUCACAUCGUAUCGCUACUGAAGUCCGUUGACAUCCUCCAGCAGCUGCUGCUCGCAUGCCACGGCCCGCACAACGAGGCUGUCAAAGCGUACUUCCAGGUGCAGUCGGAGCCGCAAGCUUGCGCCACCAGUCUGCUGUUGGCGUGCAUCGAAACCCUAAAGGGCACCGAAUUGGGCGAUUGGGCCGCCCAGGCGUUCAUCCUGUACGGCGGAGAACCCUUCUUCGAAGCCUACAUGGGCGGUCAUUCGGCGGCGGCACGCCCACUCAGCUUCAACUCUCCCUCGGGUGGAUUCGUAGAGUCCCAGCCCGGGGGUCCGCGGAUGUACAUGUCCACGCCGUUCACGGCGUCCCGACCCGGACCAUCCAUCCAGCAGAACCUGAUGCAGCAGUCCCAGUUCCCGCAAAGCCCGGGUCCGUCCGGCUCGCUGAACCACAGCUUCAACAACAACACCCAGUUCCCGGGAGCGAUGCAGCAAACGUCGUCGAUGGCCGUCGACGGGUCCAACUUCCACUACUCGGCCAAGCACGCGGGACUGUAUCUGCACAUGUCCCGUCUGUUGCGGUCCAUCUGGCGUCGGCGUUGCGUCAACGACAAGCUGCACAGCUCCAUCGGCCAGCAGGACUGCGCCCAGGUGCUGGAGGAUUUGUACGCGAUCAAGCGGUUCCUGGAGUCGAUCACGCUGAGCAAUCUGGUCGGGUUGGUGGGAAAGAACAUGACGAACGCGAGUGGGUUGAUGGGACCGGGUGGAUAUCUGCAGCAGCAGCAGCAACAGCAGAUGCAACAGCACCAAGGGAUGCAGAGUCCGUACGGCGGUGGGCAGCAGAAGAUGUCCGCGGACGAGGCGAUGGCGGAGGAGAAAAAGUCGCUGGACGCGUUGAUUCGACUGAUCAAGCACUCGUGCGAGGUGUUGGCGCUGUGGAAAAUUCUGUGCGAGCACCAGUGCCAUCUGCUGGUGUCCAAGUUGAGCAAGGAGCAGCAGGAUGUGCUGAAGAGCUGCACGUUCCGGGAUUUGAUCCUGUCGCGGUCGGAUAUUUGCGGGUUGUUGAUUGUGAUGCUGAUCAACUCGUAUCUUCACGAUAACGCAAGUGUUGGGUCGAUCUCGACGAAGUUGCGCGAUGUUUGUCCGAAUUUGUACCGGCACGAGGACGCCGUGUCGCACAAAGCGACGGAGAUCCUGAUGCUGUCCAAAAGUUGCACCGAUCCGGACGAGAAGGACGAGCGGUUGCGAACGGCGCUGCAGUUGUGCAAGAGUGCCGCACCGAACUUGCCGCUGACUUCGAUCUGUCAACAGUUUACGCAGGCUGGCUUCUACAGUGGAGUCAUUGAGCUGUGUUCGAUUUGUGCCGCGAAGGGAGAUCCAAGUGAGGCAGCGUUGCACUUUUACCGGAACAACGAACCCGUCGAGGACCAGGAAGGAUUUGUGGCCUUCCAGAGCAGAAUGAACUGCUACAGGGAGAUCAAACUGAUGCUGGAGCACGUCUUCACGAACGUGUGCAACAGCAAGAUAUCCAGCAUCUACCCGUCGCUGGAAAGUGCCGACCGGGACAAGUUGGCCAACAAUCAGCUGAUCUCCAUCAUCAGCUUAGCGCUUCAGUGCCAGGAUCAGCUGCUUCACAUCGCCGUGUACGAGUGGCUUCUUUCGCACAACCUACUGGGAGAAUUGCUCGAAAUCAGCGAACCUUCCCUAGGUGACUUCCUCGGCCGGGCCUUCAACCGAACCCCCGAGAACCUCGUGCUGGCCGACCUGCUGUGGAAGUACCACGAACGCAACGGUCAACACGCGCCCGCCUCCAAAAUGCUCGACAAACUGGCCAACAUCCGGAACGACGCCAUGACCCUACAACAACGCAUCGAAUAUCUCGCCCGCGCCGUCAUGUGCAUGCGCAGCGACACCGUCGGCUACUCCGCCCACAACGGCGUCCUCCUCAAAGACCUGGAAGAUAAGCUCGAAGUGGCCCAGAUCCAGAAGCAAGUCCUCGACGCCAUGUCAAUCAUCCCGGACAAGAACGCCACCCGGCAGGCCAUCAACCAGCUCAACGGAACCCUUUUCAACCUCACCCAACUCUACUCGGACUUUGCCGAACGGUACGAACUGUGGGAGUGCAAGCUGACCAUCCUGAACUGCUCCCACCACAACGACCCCCUCCUCAUCGAGUCCGUCUGGACGCACAUCCUGGACAAGGAGCUCGAGCGACCCGACAGCAACACCGAACGCUGCCGCCGCCUCCUCUCCAAGGUGAAAAGCCUAGCCCUGGAGUACGAAAGCUCCGGCCACUGUUUCCCGCUAGCCUUCAUCGUGCGCGAACUAGAACUGCGCUGCUUCCGGCUUAAAAUGUUCGAAUCCCCCGUCCCGGAAACCCUCAUCGAAAUGAACCUGGACGUGGACGCACUACUCAACAUCUACUCAAGACUCAUCUCCAUGAACGAGCGCGUCUGGGUCACCGAAGAGGACGAACUGUACCUGGUGAGGUCCACCUCGAAGCUCCUCUCGAUCGUCGCCUCCCAGCCCAGUUUGGUCCCGCUCAAGGAUCGCCGAAAAGUGGUCGCAAAAUCGCAGGACCUCAUCUCCGCCUGUCUGAGCAUUUUGUACACCAAACCGGACGGCCAGCAGCACGUGGACCAGCUGCGCGAAACGCAAUCCAAGCUGAACCGCAUCCACUGCUAGCGCCAACAAAAGAACGAACGAAACGAAAGACAUCUAACAUGAUUAUACUAAAAGAUUCCCCCAUUUUUUUUUUGUUUAAUACAUUGUUUGUGUUUGUUUCUUUUUUACUGCCAAUUUUUCAGUAGGUUAAUAAGUUGAAUGAAGAUGAACAGAGUAGAGUAGAAAACUCGCGUAAUUGUACAUGUUACGGCAGCAGCAGCAAAAUAAUGAUGAUGUUCUUUCGCACGUGAUUGUGUGUGUGUGCCCGCGCGCGCGUUGUAUAAGGACAAAUAAACAGGUUUAUCCUAUUACUAGUUAUGUA